GUCAAACGCCGCUAGUGAGCAGCCAGCCAGACCGCCGGACGACUGCUGCAGUCUAGAGUAGCGUGGACGGACCGCACACUUCAUUUACUUCCCAACGCAAAGGUAUCAACGCUUCUUUGAUUCGUCUCUACCCAUCGUCCUCAAACUGGUUUAUACAUCCCUUUCAAAGCAUGGCCAACAAAGAGGAGAAAGCUGACGAGAAAAAGACGACUUGGAAAGAUACGAUCUACAACCCGCGGACAGGGGAAUUCAUCGGGCGCACCGCGAGUAGUUGGGGUCUUAUUUUCCUCUUUUAUCUGGUCUUCUAUGGAUUCCUGGCUGGAAUGUUCACCCUCACCAUGUGGGUGAUGCUUCAGACUCUGGAUGAUUACACUCCCAAAUACAGGGACCGAGUGGCUAAUCCAGGUCUGAUGAUUAGGCCAAGAUACAUGGAUAUUUCAUUCAACCGCUCCAUUCCCCAGCAAUACAACAAGUAUGUGUCGCACAUGGAGUCUUUCCUGCGGCCGUACAAUGACUCUCUGCAGGUGGCGAAUAAAAACUGUACUCCGGGUGAGUACUACGAGCAAGAUAAUGAUGAGGAGAAGAAGGUGUGCCCGUUCUUGCGGAGUCAGCUGCAACAGUGCUCUGGAUUGGGUGAUGCUACUUUUGGUUACUUAGAGGGACAGCCAUGCAUCUUGGUCAAGAUGAAUCGAGUUAUUGGACUGAGACCUCGAGGAGAUCCACGCAUCAGCUGUGCUGCCAAGAGAGAGAAUCCUCUGCAGAUGCUCUAUUAUCCCUCAGAGGGCAAACUCGACAAGAGUUACUUCCCAUAUUAUGGCAAAAAGGCACACCCAAACUACCUCCAGCCUGUUGUAGCUGUGAAACUGAUGCUACAGUCUGAUGAAGACUUCAAUACUGAGCUCACCAUCGAGUGUAAGAUCGAGGGCACGGACCUUCGGAACAACGACGAACGCGACAAGUUUUUGGGCCGCGUCACCUUCCGGGUGAUCGUGUCCAAGUAGACGUGAUCGUUCGCCGGAGACACGAUGUCAGUUCCUCUCGUUCAAACCCCGUCCUUUUUCAUCAUGUUUACCUCUCACCGCCCCGUACCCAAUCACAUACAGGUCAGCCUUUACGCGUCAAACGCUAAUCCGAGGUUCAUCCUGGAUUGUCAUGAAGUUUGAUGCAUACAAACGCUUAUUUGUCCUGUGCUAUGGGUGGGGGUCAGUGUUGAAAUAGUGUGUGCGUGUGUGUGUGAAGAUUAACCAAGGUUUUAGUUGUCGUUUUUUGUCGCAGUAUGUCAAUGUCCCCCCACCCGUUUAUCCCAAAGCGCCUCGCUCACCCACCGAAAAUAAAAUUUGAAAAAAAUAUCGAUUCUGAACCGCAUUCUUUCCUUAAGAGAGAACUGAGUUUCAUCGUGUAGUAAGUAUAGGGACCUGUAAAUAGAUGCAUUAGCUCCUCAUGUCUGCUCCCUCCCAUAGUAGUACAGCCUGCCGUGUAUGUGUGUGUAUGUGUGUGCGCGUGUGCGUGCGUGUGACGUGAAGCCUCUAUGUACAUAUUUAAUGGAUUUAAACACUCAUUCUCUGUCAUUCAUUGCUCUCACUGCGUCUGACUGCUGUAAGAAAUCAAGAGUAUGAAAUUAUAUAAUAGCUGUAAUUUAAAUUUAUUGAGAAAUGAAAAUAUAAAGAGGAGGGAGGGGGAAAAGGGAAAACGCCAAAAACAUCUAUAUCGAACCUUGUUUGAAACCCGUCCACCAUCUGAGGGAAGUGAUUUUUUUUAAACCUCUGCAGAAACUGUUCUUUGUGCAGACGCCUUAUGCUCUGUAUGAGUUUAAAGAUCAAGAAAUAAAAGUGAUUUUAAACAAAA